UACACGACCUGCGAGCACACCCAAAAAAAUCUCCACAAUGGGAUAUUUUUGUACAUUAUUGAAAAAAGCCAUUCAUCUGAAUCAUCACUUCCGCAACUGAGAGAUUUUGCGAAUAAACGAAGCUGUUUGUGACACAUGUUUGACGUAGAAAGCAAGAGGCAACACUUGCAAGAUGGAGUUUGCUUCUACGCAUGUGUACAAUUAUGAUGAGUCUGAUGAAGAAGAAAUCACAGAAAUGGAUCUGGAUCUUAAUGCCCAGGCAAGUUCCGAGUACAUGUCACUUCAGAGUGGUUUCAAUAACCCGCCAGAAGUGAUUUACGACAAUUUAGGUGGAGGUUUACCGCCUGCUCAAACACAAAGAACAGAGGCAAUCUAUGACAAUACAAUACCCACUCCCCCACCUCCGAGGGUCAAACCCAAACCUAAGAAGAAAGAUAAUGGGGAGUAUGCAUCCGCCUAUGACUUGUUGGGACCAACCAAUCAAUAUUACUACAUUCAGGGUGAAGGAUCGCCCCAACAGCCACCUCCACUUCCACCCAUGAGAAAACCAAAGAGGAAAGAUCCAAGCCAUAAACAUAGAAGGGCAGACACCAACAUCGUUGCCGUUAAGUUUGACAUGUUGGUCAACCCAAGCCAUCUUCACACAGCGAAGCCCGACUUCUGCAGUAAAUGUGAAGCUGUGUUCUCUGUGCUCAGUAAGGUCACUCCAGGUGGAGACGAUUCACAAGUGUGGCAUUGUGAAUUCUGUGAUCAAGACAAUCCCGUCACCACUGAGAUGCAGAGGUUCCCACCAGAGUCCGACGUGACAUACAGAAUCCACCAAGGCACAGGAGAAGGGGACGAUACAGCUGUCAUCUUCAUGGUGGACAUAUCAGGCAGUAUGUCUGUCACCAAAGAGGUCCCUACAGGAGUGGUUGGUAACCAGAGAUUGAAUGAUGCUAAUGCUGCUUUGUCUACAUACCAGCAAGAGAUGGCGGAACACGACCGGUACUCUGUAGAACCCAAGUCCACUGUCACUUACAUAUCAAGACUGCAGGCCAUGCAGUCGGCCAUUGACCAGCAGCUGUCAAAAAUGGAACAACUUCAAGCAAACAAAAGAGUGGGACUCAUUGCUUUCAACGAUAAUGUGGUGGUGAUUGGAGACGGGAGUGAAGAGCCGGUGCCGUUAGAGGGCGCCGGAUUGACCGAUGAGCAGAGCAUCAUCAGCUUGGGUCAGAUCUUUCCUCUGCCAGCUCCCAUCAAAGAAGUCCGCAGAUGUCUUUCGGACAAGGUCUUCAGCCUUACAGAGGGAGGACAAACUGCUCUUGGACCAGCCCUAAUGCUGUCAGUUGCCAUGGCAGCACAAAAGGUCGGGUCAAAGGUCAUUGUGUGCACAGACGGGUUGGCAAAUGUCGGCCUGGGCCAGUUGGACGUUGUGGAUGAUGAGCACUACAACACAUCCUCGGAAUUCUACGAGCACGUUGGGCAUUAUGCCCAGGACAGUGGGACAUGCGUGUCAGUGUUAACAGUAGAAGGAGAGGAUUGCAGAGUAAUUGAACUCGGAAGCGUUGCUGAUAAAACUGGUGGACAGGUCAAUGUUGUAGAUCCACUGAAACUGAACGAGGAGUUUUCCAACAUACUGGAUCACCCAAUCCUGGCGACCAAUGUCUGUGCUAAAUUGGUCCUCCACAAAGGAAUGUACUUCCGAAAUGAUGAGAAUUUUGGUGAGCAAGCGAGUCAGUCUUCUCGGAAUCUUGGUAUUGUUACCAAGGACUCGGAGACCACCUUUGAGUUUGGUGUUCGUACAAAACCCAUCAGAGAAGUUAUCUAUGACAAUUUCGGUGGUCUGACUGUAACUCACAAAGAUGAUGAAGCUAAGGCAGAGCCAAUCUACGACUCAGUAGCACCCAAGAGUAUGAUUGAAGGGCUGGAGAGCCUUCCAUUCCAGCUCCACAUCUGGUAUACUGGAAGAGACGGUGCACAAAACCUACGGGUCAUCACUAUGGAACGUCCAAUCACCAAAGAUCGACAUUUUGCUGAACUGAAUGCCAACAUUGGUGUUCUUGGAGCCCACGCUGCCCAGUCAGCUGCUAAGCUAGCUGUGGAGGGUCUGUACGGUGAAGCGCGCAUGAAUGCCCUCGUGACGCAGAAACUGGUGGAGAGACACGCCCAGCAACAAGGGGAUGAAGGGGAGGAUGUGUACCAGAGCUUUGUAGCUACAUUAGCUCCUAUACAAUCGGAGCUGUACAGAGCUCACACGUCGGCACGUCGUCAACCUGGCCAAAGACCAAGUGAAGAUCUAGACGAUAUGGACGAUGAGGCACCAAUUUACUCCUAUUUUAUUGGCGACAAGAAAUCCGUUAAGAGAGGACUGUCCAAGAAGGCCAAGAAGAGGAGACAGAAGAUUACAGACAAGCAGGCAAAUCUGUUCUACAAGAUGAAGAAUGCAACGAGCAAGAUGUUUCAGAAGACCCAGGGGCAGAUGAAGAUGUGAAGUACAUGGUGUAGCAAGAGGCAUGCACAUCCCAUGCACCAAUUCAAAUUUCUCCUAGAAGAGGGACAAAGGGUACUGGGAUACAUGCUUGAAAUCUCCCUUUUCCUGGUAUUCUUGUGUAUUACUUGAUUCCAUACCUUCGUCCUUUUGUUGUUCAAAUGAGGAUCUCGUAAUAAAAGAGAUCCAAAAUGCUGCCAACAUUGUUUGUCAUUGCAUUCAGCAUAAUCAGAGGUAAGUCCGAGAUACCCGAAUACCAUGGCCAAUUAUUGGCUAAGGAUUGUCAAAUUCACAUUCCAUAUUUUGAACACAUUCUAUAUUUUCUCAAAAGUGAAAAACAAGUCCUGGUGCAUUUUAUGAAAUUGUCAUCGUCUUCACUUGGUUUAGGCAUCGUUUCAUCGUGAAAACGAUAUUUUUAAAAACAAAUAAUUCUGAGAAAAAAAAUGGAAAAAAAAUCAUAUGUGAGCUCGGACAUUUUUUGGAAAGCCUUGUGUCAAGAUAAAUGAUAUAGAUGUGUCACUAUUUUAUGUUUUGCCCACAUACUUCUACACAAACUGCCAUGUUGAUUGUUUCUGAUAAGAAGUGCCCUCUAUUAUAUAAGUGCCUGUUACUGGCUGACUGACAAUGUUGUUCAAAUUAUUUGUGUUAUUAAUUCACAUGUUUAUUUGUUAUUACUUAUCGAGGCUAUGAGAUGGUUCUUGUUUUUAAAAAGCUUUCAUUUUUUCGUCAGCUCUGCUUUUGUUCAGCUUACUGAUAUUUUUUUACAUUUUAUUUACACUACAUGUAGGAUUGUCUGAGUAAAUAGAAGCGAACGAUUCACAGAACAAUUUAUCCAAGGUGGGGGAAAUUUUUUUCUGCAAAGCUGGGUUUAAAAAAACUGGCACUCGCAUUGCAGUACUGCGUGUGCAGUUUGGAACCAUAAGUGCAGGAUUAUAUGAUUGUGAAACAUUAUGGAAAACAUUGCAUCUUGUGCCGAAAAAAGAACCAGCAGAGAAAUUCAACCUUGCUAUUUUAUCUACAUGUAAACCGCAAACAGGUCAGGAUGCGGCUGGCGAUAUGUGACACCAAAAUCUUUUCUGUUAUUCAAAAAUUUACUCAAUCAGUUUCCCUUGUUGCUUGUUACGUGAUAAAAUGUUGCAUCCCCUUAUGGUGAUCCCUCUGUUGUCGCUUCCUGAUUGUCUUAUAAACUUGGUGUUAUUCUGGCUAUAUGGCAGUUUCAGGUUGUAUGACUUCUGACUGGCACCCUUAUUAAAGAUAUUGGCAUAAAAGGGAAACUGCCAACACAGGGCUAGAAAGCUCAGUUGGUAGAGCCGACAGUACUCUAAUCAAGAGGUCGCAUGUUCAACGCCAGUCAAUUUGUCUUUGUCCAAAGUUAAUACAAACUUGUCACCCUUUCCCCAUGCUAUGGGCAAUCUGCAGUGGGCACACUGUAUCAUGAAUGGCCCCAUUUUCAAUACAUCUAGUUCUCAAAUGUUCCAAAAGGAUUUUUGUUUGUCACAUAGUGCCUUUUGAUAAGGAAAAAAGGAUCGGCUCAAGAAUGUUUAUCCCCCCCCCCCUUUCUCUUUAUCUCAAAUGUGUUUGAUAACCACACCCAGACACCCAGGGAUAUUUGAUCUGCUUGUAAAGACAUAAAGCCAUUUUAGUCCCAUGUAUGCAGCUUCAAUUAACUUCAAAUGUUCUUAUAAGUACUGUUUUAUCAGCAGUAUUUCUUUUUUUCUUUCUUUUGAGUGGAGCUCUAAGACUCCGUUUAUUCAUCACCAGUGAAAACAAAGUACAAACAUCUUCAAUGGAAUAUUAACACAUACUGUUAGAUCAAUACAUUAAGGAUACAAGAUGCUAGUUUAUAAAAGACAAUGAACAAAGGUGAUAUUACAUAUCGAGCAACAAGAACAUCAAAACAUGAUAAAAAGCAAACUUUUGCAAGAAAAACGUUAAACUUAAAACGAACGUAAAGGACAGUAACUGGAAAGAUGAGAUUUGAUUUAAAUCAAAAGGUAAAUUUUGGAGUCUGGUCUUCAUUGAGGACACACAGAGAUUUGUAGCAGUAUUUCUUGCACAUGCAUGCAACUCACUCAGUGGAUCAGUGAUUUCCUCCUUUUUUCUUGGAUGGUUGUGUGCAAUGAAAAACUGAUAACCACUGUAAACAAAAAAAUUUCUGAGGCAGUUUCCUCUCUUUUUUAUUUUUUAUUAUUUUUUAAAUAAUUUGAUAUACUUGUCUGCUUCUAGUGCAGACAAAUUUUAUGAAACUACUCCGAAAUAUCAAAUCAUGAGUAUAUAUUUUUUUUUCAGUGAUGACUAUUUUUAUCUUGAGGUUUUUCAAUGCAGCUGGACCAUUUGGGAAGAUUUUUAACUCCCAAAUGUAUUUGUUCUUUAUAUGGUGCAAUAUAUUGCACUUUAUAAGUUAGUAAAAUCAAACUAAUGCAAGGGGAAAAUACACAGUGGGCUUUAAUUAUGCUAGCAACAAACUCUCGGUUUCACAUGUCAAAAAUGGUUACUGUUAACUUUUUAAUAUUUACUUUGACAGGAAAAGGUGGUCCAGAAAAAGAUUAAAAGGGAAGGUACACGUUUGGUAUUUACUCAAAACAAAUAUUAACUUAAAAACUGACUUGGUAACGAGCAUU